UAUAAAAUGGAAUUGCCAGUACUCAUUCGUCCCAUCUCAACAUCUGCCCCAUUCGUCCUACACAGCACUCCCAAAACAGAACAAAAGCCUUUUCAUCGACCCUUUGGCGCGCGCGAAUACACGAGUACACGAUGGUUGGCGUCGCGAAAGCCACCGACGGCGCGCUGGCGCCGGCGCCGGGGAAGAAGCAGAAGCAGGUGAUUCUCUAUCCGUCUCCCGGCAUGGGCCACCUGGUGUCCAUGAUCGAGCUGGGCAAGGUCUUCGCCGCCCCCCGGCGCGGCCUUGCUGUCACCAUCGUCGUCGCCACCCUGCCGCACGACACCACCGCCGGCGCAUCUGACACAACGGGGCCAUUCCUCGCCGGCGUCACCGCCGCCAACCCUUCCGUCACCUUCCACCGCCUCCCGCAGGUCGAGCUGGCCCGGCCCGUCGAGUCCGCCCACCACGAGGCGGUCACCUUCGAGGUCGCCCGCCUCUCCAACCCGCACCUCCGCUCCUUCCUCGCCACCACCGCCGCCACCGAGUCCGCCGUCCUGAUCGUAGACUUCUUCUGCAGCGUGGCCCUCGAAGUGGCCACGGAGCUUCACAUCCCAACCUACUUCUUCUACACCUCCGGCGCCGCUGCACUAGCCUUCUUCCUUUACCUCCCGGUUCUCCACUCCCAAACCGCGAAGAGCUUCCGGGAACUCGGCGAAGAGCUCCUGCAUGUCCCGGGGAUCCCGUCGUUCCCGGCGACGCACUCCAUCAAGCCGCUCAUGGACCGCGACGACGAGGCCUAUGCCGCGUUCCUGAGGGUCCCCGCGGACCUCUGCCGCUCCCACGGCAUUAUCACGAACACCUUCCGCUCGCUGGAGCCGCGGGCGUUGGACGCCAUCGCCGCGGGCCUCUGCACGCCCCCGGGACUCCCCACGCCGCCCGUACACUGCAUCGGCCCGCUGAUCAAGUCCGAGGAGGUGACCGGCGGGGAUCGCAGCUGCCUGGCGUGGCUGGACUCGCAGCCGGAGUCCAGCGUGGUUUUCCUCUGCUUCGGGAGCCUGGGGCUGUUCAGCGCGGAGCAGAUCAAAGAGAUCGCCGUCGGGUUGGAAUCCAGCGGGCAGAGGUUCCUCUGGGUCGUGCGGAGCCCGCCGGAGUCGGAGAAGAAGGAUCCGGAACUGGACGCGCUGCUCCCGGAGGGGUUCCUGGCCCGGACGAGGGGGACGGGGCUGGUGGUGAAGUCGUGGGCGCCGCAGCGGGACGUGCUGCUGCACGGCGCCGUGGGGGGCUUCGUGACGCACUGCGGAUGGAACUCGGUGCUGGAGGCGGUGGUGGCGGGGGUGCCGAUGGUGGCGUGGCCGCUGUACGCGGAGCAGCGGAUGAACCGGGUGUUCCUGGAGGAGGAGCUCGGGCUGGCCGUCGCCGUGGAAGGGUAUGGCGAGGAGGUGGUGAGGGCGGAGGAGGUGGCGUUGAAGGUCGGGUGGCUGAUGGGGAAUAAUGGCGACGGGAUCAGGGAGCGGAUGGCGGCGGCGAUGCGGCGGGCGAGGGCGGCCGUGGAAGAAGGUGGGGAGUCGGAGGUUGAACUGAGAAAGCUCGUGGAUGGGUGGUUGCUUGGUUGAUGCUGCUGAUGUGCGGCUGGGAUUGUUUCCCUUUGGUUGCUUGUGGUUAUGUGCUCACGACGCAAGCGUUAAGUUGCAAGUGUUUUACUAGCUCUCGUUUUUUUUUUCCUCGUGUUUUGAAAGUCUGAAACUCACGCGAACGAACCUCUGCAAUGUUUCUUGUCCGUGUGCUUGUCUGUCUCUUUGUCUCACGAUGUUCUUCAGACUCGAGGCCUGUGCUAUCUUGUCAUCCA